GGCACAGAGGCCGGAACUGCGGGCCCGCGGAGCACCUGCAGAACGGUCCUGCCCGCUAGGCCGGCCGCUGCACCGGGUCGGGCUCCGGGGUACGGCGGGCGCACGGCCACGCCCCCGGCGGGGAAGGCUCCUGGAGGGCUCGGCCGGGCCCGGUGGUGGUACCCCUGCCCCCUGCCCCCGGGGUUCCUGGACGCCAAGGGACUUGGAGUCGGGCUUGACCUCGGAUGACCUGCCAUCCUUGGAGUAGCGGCAUUAGUGACCGAGAAGCUCCACCCUUCAGCAGUCGGCCCGAUUGUCAUUUAAUGGACCAGCUCUCUCCUCGGCCUCUACAAUUCCCACCCCUUUGGCCCCACUCCACUCCACCGACUUCUCCAUCUUUUCCUCUUCACUGGUCACUACCACCCCCACAUCCAACUACCCACCCUCUUCCUCAGGCUCUUCCACCACCACCCUCUCAGGUCCAGGCUCUCAACUCAUUGAAGUUGGUUCUUCCUCUGAGAAAGAGGGAGGAGGGCCCAGGACCAGAGUUACACAGUGGUUGCCUGGAUGGGCUUAGGAGCCUUUUUGAGGGACCUCCUUGCCCCUAUCCUGGGGCUGUGAUGCCUUUCCAAGCCCCUGGACCUUCCCAUCCUUCCCCCACCACUCCAUCAGGAGAUCAGAGUAUGGAGGAACACCUGGCUGCCAUGCAUGAGAGACUAAGACAAGAGCUUCCCACCCUCUUCCUUCGCUCCCACGACUACACUAUAUACUCAAUGGAUGUGGAAUUCAUCAAUGAGAUCCUGAACAUUCGUACCAAGGGCCGUACAUUUUACGUUAUGUCCCUGACCCUUUGCCGCUUCCUGGCUUGGAACUAUUUUGCACAGUUUCACUUGGAGAUCUUACAGCUGACCCGCCACCCUGAGAACUGGACCCUCCAAGCCCGCUGGCGUCUAAUAGGUCUGCCCAUACAUAUGCUCUUCCUGCGUUUCUACAGGCGUGAUAAAGAGGAUCUUUACCGGACUGUUGAUGCCUUUUCCACCUUCUACCUGAAUUCCAGUGGCCUCAUUUGUCGCCAUCACCUGGACAAACUGAUGCCUUCACACUCACCGUCAGCGCCUGUGAAGAAGCUGCUGGUGGGAGCCCUGGUGGCCCUGGGCCUGUCAGAACCAGAGCCCAGCUUAAACCUCUGCUCCAAGGCCUGAUCCAGACCUUGGGUGAA